AUGUCUGAGCAAAUGUCCUCCCCGCGCAUCACCGCCUCCUACCUCGACAACUUUGUCGGCCGCGUCGUCACCAUCGUGGGCAAGGUCACACAGCUGCGAGGCGACCAGGCCACGAUCGACGCUGAUGGAGUCGUCACCAUUCUGUUGAACCGCGAAGCUCAUCUCGCCCAUGGAAACGCUGCACAGGUCAUUGGCAAGGUCAACCCAGAUCUGUCCAUCAAGGCCCUCAGCACUCGUGAUGUCGGCCCCGGCGUUGACAUGACUCUCUGCUCCGCUGUCGCAGAACUCACCCACCAACACAAAGACAUCUUCGUCUCCGACAACUGA